CAAAAAGAAGCAUUCAACUUCAACCAAUCUCCUCUCUCUACAACCAUGAACGCAUCCACCUCCGAUUACUCCAGCGGCUGCGAAUCCGGCUGGACCACCUACUUCGAUCAAAUCUCCAAUUCCACAUAUAAUUUCUACACCAAUUACCACGACAAAGGCGGCGCCGGCGCUUACUCCGACGAAGAUCAGUCGAUGGUGUCGGACGCCUCGUCGGCGCCGCCGCACCACUCCGCCUAUUACGCAGAGGCGGAGGAAAAGAAGACGAAGACGAAGAAGAAGAAGAAGAGCAAAGGAGCAGACGCGAAGAAGGAGAAGCAGGCGAUGUGCCUCGACGACACGGCUAGCUCUUCCAUCUUCCAUUUCUCGCAGAGCAAUGUACCUCCUUCUGAUUUUUCCGCCGUGCAUUUUGAGGGCGAAUCGGUAACGAAGAAGCGCCUGAGUUUCUUCAAAUCUUCAACGAAAGGGAAAUCAGGAAGCAGUGAGAAAUAAUGGGUGACAGCAUAUUUUAAUUUUAGAGCAACAAAUGAAAAUGGGGAUGGCAUCUGAAUUUCCAGGAUUGUUGUCUGUGUAUUAAUCUUUUUCUACCUCUGUUUAUUUCUUCAUGUCCAUGCACUAGGUAGAUCAUAGUAAAUGUAAAUAUUAAUCAAAAUAAAAUAUUUUAAGAAAAGAUGAUCAA